UGAAUUUCAUUCUUUCAACGAUAAUCCGCGUAAAGAAUUUAACAAUUAAUCAGAUCAAUUCUAUUCUAUUGAAUUAAAUCUACCAUCAUCAUCCGUAGUUAUUUUUUAUUGCUCAUUACCUCAAUAUUGUUGUUGUUUUGAAGGCGAAUAUUUCUUUCACAUCCAUUAUUGCUUAUUCGCAUCGAUAUUUUUUUUUUGCUCUUUUCUAACAAUAAUUUAAUUGAAUUUUUUUUUAUUAAAAAAAUGAUGCAACAAUCAUUACAGAGACGUGCUACCCAUGCUGGUAGUUGGUAUUCAUCAUCUGUGAUACAACUCAAUAGCCAGCUUGAAUCAUGGUUAUCUAUGGUCGAUGUUUCACAUGGUCCAGCUAAAGCAAUCAUUUCACCUCAUGCUGGAUAUCAAUAUUGUGGUGCCUGUGCCGCUUAUGCCUAUAAACAAAUUGAUCCACAAUCGACUGAACGAAUUUUCAUUCUAGGUCCAUCACAUCAUAUACGUUUGAAUGGAUGUGCAUUAUCACCAACUACCGUUUACAAAACACCAUUCUAUGAUUUGAUUAUCGAUCGUGAUGUUUACGAUGAGCUUAAUCAAACUUCGUAUUUUCAAUCAAUGUCAUUGGCAGCGGAUGAAGAUGAACAUUCGAUAGAAAUGCAAUUACCAUUUAUUGCUAAAAUAAUGGAAUCAAAAGGACAGCAGACAGGUGGUGGAUUUAAAAUUGUACCUAUAUUAGUUGGUUCACUAUCGAAUGAAAAAGAAUAUUUGUAUGGACAAAUUCUUAGUAAAUAUUUGCUAGAACCUGGAAAUGUUUUUGUGAUAUCAUCAGAUUUUUGUCAUUGGGGUCAACGUUUUAGUUUCCAAUAUUAUAAUAAAGGAUGGGGUGAUAUUUAUCAAUCUAUACAAAAAUUAGAUGAAAUGGGUAUGAAUCUGAUUGAAUCAUUAGAUCCAUUAGCAUUUGCUGAAUAUUUGCAACAAUAUCGUAAUACAAUUUGUGGUCGACAUCCAAUUGCUGUAUUGUUGAAUGCCAUUCAUCAUCUUCGUACCGAAGGUAAAUUGAUGAAUAAUACAUCAAUGCGUUUCCUUAAAUAUGCUCAAUCAAGCCAAUGUCUUCGUAUGCGUGAUUCAUCCGUUAGUUAUGCUGCUGCUGCAUUUAAAUUAUGAUAUGUGUGUGAAUCACAUCAUCAACAUGCAUUAAAUUAGCCACAUGAAAGAAAAAUUUCAAUUUUUUCCACUAUUAUGCUGCGGCAAUUAUCAUGACAAAUUACAACCAUUGCCUUCCCAAUUGAUCAUCAUCGUCAUCGUCAAUUUGGAUUUCUUCCACUCUAAAGAUUCGAUCGGAAUUUCUUUUUUUGCUUCAAAUUCUCUUGUUUUUUGAAACAAACAAACGCGCAGUACAAAACCGAAUCAAUCAACCACAUAUACAAUAAACAAUAGGAGCCAAUUUUUUUUCAUCAAAUAAAAACCAUUUUAUUUUAUAAAAA